AUGGAUUGUGCUUGCCGAACGGCUGCUCUUAGGAUUUUUGUCAAGAGCAUCGCACAAGUCCAUUUACCUCUUCGCGCCGCACCAUCGCGCCUGGCUGAGUACCAGGCACAGGCUCGGUAUAGUCAACGAAGCCGUCUCUACCACCGAACGCCCACCUCCACAUUUGCAACCGGAUCUCGAGCGUUACAUACAUCAUCAUGCGUUCGAAGUAGCCCAGCAGCAGUAGCUGAGGCUGGCGAAGGGCAAUUGGAACGAGCAGACAAGCACAAAGACACAACAGUGACAGACACGACUCCUCGCUCCUCUGAACCUGCACCCGGCCGCUCCGGCGACACCGAAUCGCAAGGCCAUCAUGCACCCACAGCGGGCUCCGGGGUGCAAAAGGAGAAGGCUGCCGAAGCUGAAACCAAGAAGCUGAGCAAAAGGGCAAAGAGAGAAUUGAAAGACCAGAGAAGAUUCCAGGGCGGGCUGGGGGUUGAAUAUGAUGGCGACGACCGACCGAAAGAGAAGGAGCCCUGGAUGAUCCAGAAGGAAGCCCUAAAGAAAAAAUUCCCAGAGGGCUGGAGUCCGCGGAAGAAGCUGUCGCCCGACGCUCUGAUCGGCAUCCGGAUGCUGCACCAGCAGUUCCCCGAAGAAUACACGACCGAGGUGUUGGCAAAGAAAUUCGAGGUGUCGCCCGAGGCGAUCCGUAGGAUCCUCAAGUCAAAGUGGACACCGGACCCCGAGGAGGAGCUGAGACGCCAGGAAAGAUGGUUCAACAGAGGCAAAAAGGUCUGGACGCACUGGGCUGCGUUGGGCAAGAAGCCACCCAGGAAGUGGCGCGCCGAGGGCAUCGUCCGUGAUCCCAUCUGGAACCGGCCAAGAGGGCCGAAUCACAAGGACCCAGCAGCUCGUGCCGAGGCGCAGCGCAGGCUUGCAAAAGGCUUGACGGAGUGA